AUGGACUAUGCGAUGAGCAACACGGGCCAACCGCCGACGGGAGAUCGUUUAAAGGAGAUUAUUCAAGGACCAUCAGAUGUUGAAUGGAAAUACGAGAUGCGUCGUGAUUGUCAGGAAAUCAUUCCUGGUCUACUUCUUGGUCCAUUUCUUGUCUCUAGAAACCUCGAACGCCUCAAGGCGCUCGCGGUCACGCACAUUGUCUGUAUACGCGAUGCAGCAGAAGCAUUCUCCGUCAAACCGCGUUUCCCGGGCCAGUUCCACUAUCUUACGCUGGAUGUUAAAGACACCGAGGACCAGAACCUGAUCAGCUUAUUCCCCGGCGCGCGAGAUUUCAUCUACAAGGCGAUCAACCAAGGAGGCCGAGUUCUCGUACAUUGCAAUGGCGGCAUAAGCCUAUCACCCGCAUUCGUGGUCAUGUUCGUAAUGGAACACUUUCAACUAUCGUGUGACGACGCGCUACAUAUGGUCCAGAACAGGAGAUAUUGCAUCUCUCCCAACGGCGGUUUUCUGCUGCAGAUCAAGGAAUACGAAGCCAUUUACAAAGCCUCUCUUGCAGUAGCAAACGCUCCGGCUAUACCGCAACGCGCGAAUCGACGAAAGAGAGAGGAAGAAGAGGACGACGAAGAGUCUGAAAGGAAACGAGUACAGUAUGAAGAGGGGCCGCCUAUGAUGAUGUACGCGGACUAUAUGGCUACUUGA